CGACAUCUUGUGUCUCAGUCAUUUUCACGAGUGUCACGUACUUCCGUCAAUGUCUCUCUCUGUUUCUUGUCGGUGCGUCUGUGUGUUUAUUCUGGUGGGUGUGCGUCGAGCGCUGAGAGCAGGGGGUAAGACUUGGGGUAGAGGGCUGACGGCACGCCGAACACGACGGCGACAACACCAGACCUAUCAAUGAAUGCCGCACACACACACAUCCAGUGAAAGACUUUACUUCGGUUGGCACAUACCAGACGAGGCAGAGGAGGAAGACGGCAUGGAGGCCGGCGAUGGAGUAGAGCCAGAGGCCGAUCGAUGGACAUAUCGUGUUGAGGAGGCUGAAGGACGCACCGUUGAGUCCAAUCACGGUGGCCACCUCGUUCUCCGUCACGCGGGUCGUCAUCAGACUCAUGAUGGCCACGAAAUUGAGAGCACCUGAGAAUUAUUGACAUGAAUGAAUGGGUGCGAGUGUGUGUGGGCCAUCUGUCUGUCUGUCUGUCUGUCUAUCUCUCUGCGUACCUGCGAUGAGUGGGAUUAUGAGCGCAAACAGCGUGGCCGUCUCACUCGGAUUCACCAGCGAUGUCACAAUGGCAAAGCCGAGGAACUGAUUGAGGCACACAGACACCCUCUCUCUCUCUCUCUGUAUGUGUGUGAGUGUGAGUGCCUGGACGACAAGCGAGAUGCGCAGGGCCUGCACUUCUGUGAAGAAGAGGAAGACGCCUGGCGCCACCACUCCUUCGGCAAAUGUCAUGAUGCCACCGAUGAAGCUGCACACACACACAUAGAUAGGUAGGUAGAUACACUGGUGGACAGGACAGCAUCCAUCCCAUCAUUGUCUGUCUGUCUGUGUUUUCUUCCUCUGCCACUCACCUAGUGACUUCCCCUGUCUGGAUUUGGUUGAGGUGGUACAGCUCAACCGCUGCUGGCGCGAAUGUCAUUCGGGCCAACACCACCGGGAACAUGCCCUGCACACAUGUCACGCCAGGCAGCGAUACGUCCAUGUGGCCACACAGACGUCACUCUGUGUUCUCACGAAGAACAGCAGCAGCAGUGAAGAGACAUUUCGGCUCAGUGUGUCCUUGAGCAAUGCCAUCGCCCUCCCAAAGAUCUCCGUGGCCGUCUCGUAGCGCUCGCCACUUGUCGUUACGAUGUCGGGGAUGGCCAGCUGAGACACGAUGAGAGCGGCACCACUCAGCACCACGGAGAAGAGGGCGGCCAUCCGGUUCGAUCUCAACUCGAGGGCGAUGAAUCCUCCUGCCAGGCCUCCAACGACGAGGAUGAGAGCGUGAGCAGGCCAAGAUGGAAGGCCCUCUCGCUUGCCGAAGUGCGGAGGCUAACCACUUGGCUGCUGACUGUGAGGCCGUGCAUGAAGAACGAUAGCAACACCGACACUGAUUAGUGGACACACAGAUAGACAGAGAGAGCCACACAUGUCAUGUGUGGGUGUCGGCUGGCGGUGGAAUGGCUCUUGGGUCUCACGGUAGAGCAUCCAUUGGCAGAUGGCCGCAGCAGUGGUGAGGAAACUCAGAAUGCACGACGCGAAGGCAAGGAGGAAGCCGAAGCGAGACCCAUACCUAAUGAACACCACACAAGAACAGGGAGACACGUACGCGAGACAUGUAAGGAACGCCAACAGAGCAGCGGGGCGAGCGUACGUGUCGCAGAGGAUGCCGAAGAUGAUGGCGCCGGGGAUCUGCACGCCGAAGGCCACACUCCGCAGGUAGCCGACCACGGUGAUUGGCAAGUUGAGCGCCAACACGAAGAAGGGCAGCACCGUGACGUAGCUGCACACACACACGACCACCACACAUGGAGGCAUCCACUCCACUCCACUGACGGCUCUCACACUGACUGACGAGUGCACUGACCAGUUGAAGGCGGCCGCAAACAGCAGCAGGCAGACGUGGGCGGCAGCGAAGUCCGGUUGCUUGAAGUGGUCGAGCGUGUGGGCGGUUCUGGCGACGAAGCUGCGCACUCGGUCGGUCGUCGUGCGGGUGUCCUCCAUGGGCGCGGCCUGGCUCACAGGUGUCGGCGGUGUGACGGAUGCCAUCCUCUG